UGAUACGGUGUAUCCCUCGGGACAUACGCGUACACCAUGGCUGCUAAUCUCUAUCCUCAGUGUCAAGCUUUGAUCUUACAAGCUUCUUGAGGUCAUACGCCACUCUAACGUACUAGUAGAUACUUCCCAUGGCUGCUGCUGCUACACAACCUCGUGUGAUGGUGCUACCUUUCCCAGCACAGGGCCAUGUGAUCCCGCUGAUGGAGCUGUCCGGCAAGCUUACCGAGCAUGGCAUCGAGGUCGACUUCGUGAACACCGAGUUUAACCGCGAUCGCAUCCUCGAAUCCAUGGUGGAGGAGGGAGGUAUUCCUGAUGGGAUUCGCAUGCUCUCCAUCCCAGAUGGCCUGGGCCCUGGAGAUGACCACGCAGACAUUGGCAAGUUCGUAAGGGACUUGCCGUCCGCCAUGUCCGGCCGGCUCGAGGAGAUGAUCAGGUCCAACAAGAUCAAGUGGGUGAUAGUUGAUGGAUCCAUGAGCUGGGCACUGGAAGUGGCAUCCAAGGCGGGAGCCCGUGUCGCCUUGUUCUCGACGUACUCUGCAGCUGUGUUUGCGCUCAGGGUGAACCUCCCCAAACUGAUUGAGGAAGGCGUUCUUGAUGAAAAUGGAAAUGUAAGCAGGAACGCGAGGAUCCAAAUGAUGCCACCCAUUGACGCGUCAGAGAUCCCCUGGGUCAGCCUGGCGAGCACCAGCGCCCCUGAGAGGCGUAGAAACAACAUCCAAAACGUCCUCAAGACGAACCUGUCGAUGCCACUCGCCGAGAUGAUCAUCUGCAACACUUCCGCGGAGAUGGAACCCGACGCACUGGCUCUCCUCCCCAACGCAAUGCCGCUUGGCCCGCUGGUGGCGCCCUCGUCGGGGCCGGCCGGAAAUUUCUUGCCCGAAGAUCUCACCUGCCUCACCUGGCUCGACGCACAGGCCCCCGGCUCCGUCGUCUACAUCGCCUUCGGUAGCUCGGGAUUCUUGGACGCGACGCAGUUCCAAGAGCUUGGCGACGGGCUCGCCCUCUCCGGCCGACCGUUCCUGUGGGUGGUCCGCCCAAAAUUCACUACCGGCGUAGGUGUCGGACAAGAUUGGUUCGACGAGUUCAAGCGCCGGGUCGGUGGCAAGGGGAUGGUCGUCGCCUGGGCGCCGCAGCAGCGCGUGCUCGCGCAUCCCUCCGUCGCCUGCUUCGUGUCGCACUGUGGGUGGAACUCCACCAUGGAAGGCGUGCUGCACGGCGUUCCAUUUCUGUGCUGGCCUUACUUCGCCGACCAGUUCUGCAACCAGAGCUACAUCUGCAACGUAUGGGGCAUGGGUGUCAAGCUCUGCCGAGACGAACAAGGGGUGGUCACCAAGGAGGAGAUCGAGAACAAGGUCGUGAGGCUGCUCGAAGACAGAGAGAUCAAGGCGAGGGCCGCGACGUGGAAGCACAAGACGUCCGCGAGCAUCGCAGAAGGAGGGUCCUCGUAUCAGAACCUGCUCAAGCUUGUGAAUCUGCUAAGAGAACAAUAAUCUUCACGCUUAUAAUUAACUAGAUAAAUAGGCGUGCUUUGCUCGCCGCGCCGCCUGCAUAUGAUU